GUGUCUGCAUCUGCCAUCAUUCCUUCCGUUUGGAGUGUCUCGAUGUCAUUCAUAUGCAAAGUAUUGAUGAUUGCAUUCUCACUGCGGCAAGGAAUUCGGCUACCUGUAUUCAUGUAGGCUCACCAAACUUCCAACACGACGAGAAUUGGCAAGUUGGGGUCUCGCUCACUUACGAUGGGCACAUUUAUGACGUAGAAACUCCCAAACCUCUCUCUACCUCGCGAGUUCCCAACAGCAGUCAGUAGCUCGGUGUUCAUCGGCACCAGGUCCCCGCAAACCGGGUCAGAAAUGGGAAACCAUGAACGAACAUUUGUCGAUGCUUGCCGAGCGAUGACUGGAACUUCGCACCGUGGGAUUCCGGGCGAAUACGGUGAGCAGCUCGCGGCCAUGUACACUGACUGAUACACGGACUGAUGUGAGUGAGUGAGGGGAGGCAGCAGUUUGAAGUACAAAAGCGCUCGAGGUGUUUCGGAGAUGCUUCGACUCUGUAUAAAGGAGAGGAACGCACGGUGGAGAAGGUUCGAUAAAGGAGGCCGUGAUGGUCUUGAUGGCGGAGAAGUUAGUGAGGCAGGGAGCGAGGAGAAUACAGGCCCGAACGGCUGCUGCAUGCGUAGAUGACAUCGGCGAGGAGGCCAGAGUCAAGAGAUGUGCAGAGUUCAGAGCCCGGACGGAGGGAGGAAAUAAUAUCUACCCGUAAUUCUGCGCAGCGAGGGGGUCAGAGUCUCAGAGACGCAGAAGGGCGCUCACUGGAUCAGAACACCGAAGGGAGGGGCGAGCGGGGUCCGAGGGAGAUAGAGAGAGAAAGAGCAGCAAAUUGGCGCACUGACUGACGGACGCACGCAAUGAUUGUAUUGAAUGACGGACUCAGGCAUCGAGGAUUGCGCUUAUGGCGCAGACUUUUUCGAUCCUUCGUCCCUGCUUCGGAGAUGGGGCUGUGGGUUGUAUUCUUGUCGUAGAGUUCGCAAGGGACCUUCAUCGCUCCUGCUCGUGCCCUGUACGAAACCAGGAGCGCCACUUCUCCAAAGUGCACCUCUGCUGCUUUGCCCUACCAUCAUCCGACGCACGCAGCAAGCAUGAGGCAGGCCAGGCAGCUCGAUGCUUGUCCUCGCCCCUCUCGUCCGCAGUCGUAGUAGUCGUAGAAGUAGAAGUACAGCAGUAGGGGGCAUGGCAUGGGUGGUCCACAAGCACAUGUCGCCUAAAUACUCGUACCUACUUCUCUCCCUCCCUCUCCCUCCGUCCCGGCUGCGUGCCUGCGCGAGUGCACAUGACUCAAAAGCUUCGGCUCGAUCAGCUGUCAGCGCUUGUGACGCAGCCAAGUUGCGAGGGAGGGAGGGACGAAGACAGUUCUCAGAACCUCAACCCCCUUCCCCUCCCCUCCCCUCCCCGGCCUGUCAGUCGUUGUGCUGCCGCUGUUGUUAUGAGGCCGGGCAGAUCGAGCCUCGGGAUGGCAUGACGGGAUCCUCUUCCUCCCCGCGAAUGUGUCAGGGCGCCGUGGUGCCGUCGGAUCUCAGAGAGGCAAAACAACGCAGCCUCUACUGCUGCGUCUCGAGAGGACAGGAGGGGAAGGGGAUUCACGAGAGGAGAGGAGAGGAGAGGAGAGUAAACGAGCCGAGAGGACGAAGGGCCGAGGAGGAGGAGGAGGAGUUGGUAAUAUUUCGGUUACGGUACUGGGUGGGACUGGAGUGAACGACAUUGAGGGGUGUAGCAGGACAGCGACGACAAUUGAUUGCUGGAUUUAUUGAUUCCCUGGUCUCAGGAGCUCCAAUUGAAAACGAUUCGGUUUUAGAGAGAGACGACGAGACCAGGAAGAGAGAGGAGAGAUGAGAUAGACAGAGAGAGGGAGAGAUCGUUGUGCUGGACUGACGCCACUGGUGGACAAAGGUUAGUGAGUGAGUUGUAAUAGGGGAACCUACGAUCGUCCUCUCUCUCGCUCGCUCGCUCGCUCCCAACGACGAGCCUACGACUCCCCCAACCAUCUUGAGCUUCGUGAGCUUCCGUGGUCUCGUCGAGGCCGGGGAACCGUCGUCACGUGGAUGGAGCCUGUAGAGAAACUAAUAUCGAUCCGCACACAACGACGACUACGACGACUGCAGCUCCAGAACGGGAACGAAUGCCGUCGCUCACCUUCACGACAACGCCCACUUGGCCGGCGGCUGUCGACAUCAGGAUUGAGACACCGCAAGAGUUCCCAUUCGUCACCGAGUCCAUCACCAUCACCAUCACUCCACGCCCUUCUCUCAAACCCAAUGUCUGCCACCACCAACAGAAACGAUUCGUGACUCGUUUCCCAGGGUCGUGGCUCCGAGCGAUCUCGAUACUCGAGGCUCGACGCGAUGAAUUUCUCCGCCACAUUCACGAGAGUGCCCGGCGACGAGUGGACCUCGAUCCCCAGCGGACCAGUCCUACUCGUCGUCUCGUCCUCGCUCAGUGGCCCACGUCCAAGUACGGGCGCCACGUGGCUGGGUCUCAAUGCGUUCAGCUUUUUCCUAUGCUGACAGAGCGUCCCUCGAUUUGCCACGUUGUCUUUAUCCAAGGCAACAACUUCAUCGAUGCUGGAGCUCCGAGCGCAGUCGAUUUCAUCUUUGCUGCUCGGGCAGUUGAAAAUCGACAUGCCCUGCCGGCUGCUGUUCCAUCUUUGACGAGUGUAGAUUUGAGGCACGAGAUCGCCUGGCUGACUGCCAAUCCGCUCGGUGUAAUUUCAUUUUGUAUACUCGGAGAAAGUAGACCUGGGUCAGUACGAGAGCGGGACGAUCUGCCAAACUGCCAUAGUGUGCAUACGUUCUGCAAGUGAAGUCGAUUCUGAGAUCCGAGACCCCAUUUUUCAAAGGUUUAUCGAGCACAAUGAGCGAACGUAAUUGGCU